UGGGUAGCAUGUUAUGGUCUGGUCCUAAUGGUCCCACUAUGACAUGUGUGGUUGCGCAAUCAACUUUUUCGCAAAGUCGUACCCUGCGAUCUCUGUCGAUUGACGGGCAUUCCUCUACUUGCCUGAAGUGGUUAGCAUGUUAUGGUCUGGACCUACAAAACUCCAAUAAUACUAUUACCUCAACGAUUUGGAAGGAGCAUCAAGAAGCAAUACUACGGGUUACAGUUGAAAAUAAGAUCAAUAAAAAUAUUAAUAAGCGUAAAAUCGAAGAUGUAGCGAGGAAUGCUACAAGUGCAAUAGCAAAAAUUUGUUACGCACCGAGUGGUUACGAGAUCACAAAAUGUCCCCGAAUAGAUUACAAAAACUUAGAUCAUAUUGUCUAUGAUGGUAACGAUGAGGAGAAUAUAGACCUUCUGGAGCAAUCGAUCAGCGAAACAUCAUCUAUGCAAUCGACCAGUGCUUACAAAAACUUAGAUCAUAAUGUCGAUGACGGUAACGAUGAGAAGAAUAUAGACCUUCUGAAGCAAUCGACCAGCGAAACAUUACCUAUGCAAUCAGCCAAUGAAACAUCAUCUAUCGAAGAUUACCUAAAAUUUUUCGAAGAAGCGUACUUGAAAUUAGAUCCUAAUCAUAUGUGGUUGUUGAAAAGUUUUCGUAAAGUGGAAGAAGUUAUUUAUCAAUUCGCCAGAAAUCUUCCCGAAGAGUCAUAUUUACACUCAUUCAUUAUCAAUGACAUCGAUGUGGCCACAAAAUCACUAUUUUCGGAUGAGGAGUGGAAUGAAAUCACCACCUCAGUGGCUAAGGAUAAACCAAAACUUAAGGAUUCUCUUGUAAACCUACUGAAAAAAUACAUAGUUGAUGAUGUUGAGAGACUACGUGAUGUUCUUUUCGAACCUUUUAUACCAGAUGGACGCAAAUAUGAUCGAAAAUAUCACUUUGAUCUUGAUUUUAUUAAUGGUGCUUAUCGGGGAAUUUUACGUUUGUGGGAAAUGGAAGAAAACCCUAUCAUUGACUCUUUAUUAGAAGGCUGGUAUGAAGUAAAUAUGUGGGGUCGAGUAAUUGACCCAGCUUUUGACAAUCUCAAUAUUGAUUUAGUGCGUGGUGAGGGUAUGAGUCAUGCAUCAAGUGAUAGAAAAAAUCUUACCAGAGUAAAAAAUGAUCGAAAGAAGCUCGGUCGAAAAGGCGAUGGAAUAUUCAGAUUACGCAAGGAUCGUUUAGAAUUUGGUGCUAUAGAAGCGGGUCAUAAAUGGGAAGGGAAGAGUGGAACAAAACAUAUGACAGAUUCGUUAAAAAUAUGUAAAAUGUUAAAAGAUAUGUUAAACCAGCUUUCUAUUAAGUGUGAUAUGAAAGAAGAUCUUGUGAGGAAAUUACAAGUAGUCGGAAUACUUAAUGGAGCAAACAGAAUUCAGGUCAUGACAGUUGAUCUUCCUAAGGGAUAUAUUACUCGUAUUCAACGCAGAAAGGUCUAUGAAAUUGCUGGUCGUCUAUCAAAAUCUAAACCGCUUGCUUUUGUUCUAAAAGAAAUACUACGUGCGAAAUCUAUCAUCAUGCAGACACUCGAUAUAAUAAACAAGAAAGAUGAU